AUGCAGUUCAAGGCAUUCUAUCUGUGGAUUCUGUCUAUUUGGUGCCAAUGGAAGCUGCACCCGUGCAGCGGACAAUGCAUCAAUCGAAGCGCUUUCUUCUGUCGUGUCGAUUUGAUCGAUAUGACCACGGACGGUAGGAUUAAGCUAGCGAAAUUAGUUGAAACUGAACAGAUUUUAGACGUGCAGAAGCUGAUCGUAGCCAUCAGUCCAUCUGGACCGUUUCUGACAACGAUGGGCAACUAUUUUGCGUCGAUCACGUACAUUAACUACCGGGAACCUAGUUUCCUCGUUCCGGUAGGUAACACUAUCAACGAGAUCGAGUUAACGCGUGCAUCAAAUCUUCGAUCGUUUACAGCCGGACCAAACACUCUCCUGGACACGCUGAAAAUUGAACAAUCUGCUUUGGAUCGUUUGCCGCCGAGUUUGCCCAGAAUGACUAGAUUACAAACUUUAAUCGUGAAACAGGGUAUGCUGUCCGUUCUCCGGUUAGAUAUGCUGGUAGAAAACCAGCAGCUAACCUCCCUCGAAUUGUCAUACAAUCAUAUACGACAAAUAUUUCCGAUCACUGGACGGCCGAAUACGACGCUGAGCAUUGUAAAGUUGGGACUUGUGGGCAAUCAGCUGGAACGCUUAGACAUGAGCGUAUUUACAGCGAUGUCCAAGCUCGAACUACUUUUCCUUAGGGAAAAUCGCUUAACACACUUGCAAGCAUCGAUACCGAUCACCAUCGGUAAGCUUUCCACGUUGGACUUAACUGAUAACAAGCUAGCAACGCUCAGCCUGGCAAAUCUAACGCUUCCUAACCUCGCAACGCUGUCGCUUGGUUUCAACGCCCUCAAGCAUAUGUCAUCGCUUCCCAAAACAUUACCGGCACUGCGGUAUUUGUCGCUUGAUUGCAACAAUCUGACACAGUUGGACUUAAGUUACUUUCGACCGUACCGAAAUUUAAGCCAGCUAUACGUUAUCUCCAAUCAAAUCGUGACGGUGCGUACGUCAGCUCCAGUAAGAUUGGCUGUAGCUUGGUUAAAUUUGAAUAACAACAGGAUCACCUCUUUUAACAUCAACGGGUGCGAUAUGCCCAACAUUACAUCAUUAAAUUUGGCAAACAAUCAUCUUACGGUGAUCCCACCAGUGUUGGAACGAUACCCAAAGCUGCGGCUAUCGAUGGACGGCAAUCCGAUCAGCUGCAACACUCUCCUGCCGUACAGGAACGAAUUACAGACUAGCCGUCUUAAGAAAGGACAGAGAACUUUUACAAUAACAUGUGAUACGACAUCUUCGUUUUCGGUGGAUAAUGACAUAAAGGUAUGCUGUGAUGGAUGA